GGCGGGAUAUAAAGUGACGGUGAUCGAUAAAUCCGAGAAGGACUGGUGGAAGGGAAAAUGCCUGGGUGGCAGAGCCGGAUAUUUUCCCAGCGCCUAUGUCAUGCGAGUCGAGUCUGGCCAGAAAACCCUGCAGGUCACCAGGAACCUCCAGCUAGCUGACUCAGUGACACUCCUGCGUGAUCAGAUAGUGAUUCAAGUCGGCGAAGAGUUGGACGGCAUAGCAAUGGUGCGUUGUGCCGCCGACACAAGAUCGUCGGGUCACGUGACGGAGGAGGGUGACGUACGAUCCCGCGAGACCCUCUGUCCCCUCAAGUACCUGCAGGAGGUGUGACAGAAGCCUUCAAAUAAGCCAAAAAGUCUGCUAAAGUCCGGGAGUAAAGGGUCAGAAUGCAAAAGUCCAUGGAACGAUAAUCUCCUGAUAACCAGACCCAAAUCCUCCGAUAAAUAUUACGACUGCCUUCAGUGUAAUGAAUAUUGUCGUCACGAAACAAUAUCCGUGACUGAUAGUGCAAUACACCCUAGAGUUAUUCUGACAAAUUACAUUAACGAUCGACACCGCAAGAACAAUAGCAGUGGUGAUACUAGUCAACCCAUUAAUUUACAGAUAAAAGCUAGAAGAAGAUCGUCACUGGCGCGACCAGUACGCGUUUACGAUUCAGCUUCAGUUGCAAGCAAUACCAUAACUGAUUAUCCGAUAAAAGCAUUUGAAAAUCUAUCGAAUUCCCGUGUAUUAACCGAAAUAGAUGAGACAGCUUACUACAAUGGUGGUGUACCAUUUGACGACAAUUCAGACAGCGAUAAUGGAUGGCCUAUACGCGUACGCCUCGAGGAGAUGCUUGAAUUAACAUCCUCCCGUAGAAAAAAUAUUAAUUUCAUGAAGAGCCGGAAGAGAAAGAAAGUUACAUUGACCAAGAGACAAACGUAUUUCAAAGACACCGAUAAAUUACUGAAGGUAUUUAGCGUCAAUCAUGUGGACCAACAAUAUAGGUAUAAUGUCAAACGAUGUUCAAUUAUGUAGACGUUAUUUACAUCGUCGAUUUCAGUGCUUCGUUAUUUUUUUAUUUCGUCAAAUUUUUAUCUUUUUCUCGAUAUGUAAAAGGAAAAUAUACUGCAGAUUACAACUGUG